UCGUUUGCACAUGGUAUUUGUGACCCUGCUCCGGCGAGUUAACAUUGUUGACGUUGCGUCCAAAUUUGCCCUAACGCUGCAAAUACUGAGAAAGGGAGGGUGCACGUUUUCGAAGUUCUCCCAUGUUUUUAAAAUAGCCUUGUAGUUUGCUUCACAGGGAAUGUCGCAUACAUUUUUUUUUAUCAUCCACUGACGUUGGAUGAUGCUCUGGUAAAAUUAUCCCAGUCAUGCAGAGGCAAGAAACCUGGCUGAAGAUCGCGUCUGGUCAGACAAUACUUGCAAACGUAUUGCAGCUUUUCAAGGCUUUACAUAGAACAAGAAAAGAAGUGUUUAAAGGUGAUGAUGAUGCCUUAGAAGUUUUUCCAGUAAUUUCUGUCAUUUUAAUAUAUGGUAUUCCACAGAAUGUCAAUAUACCACUCCUGAGACUCACCAUCUACUAUGUCCUUCGCCUUUGUGAAUACCGAUGUAAAUUACUUAAAUUUGGUACAGACGUUGAAAUUAUUCUCCGAGAAAUGGUAAUACAGGGAGUUCACACAGACCACAAUAGAAUAUCUAUUAAACCCAGAAAAGAGAUUCUUCUGGAUAACGUUCCUUUUAAUCAUAAUCCCACAAUUAAAGAUAUAUAGUAUAGGAAA